UCACCUGCUUUUGAUUGGUGUUUUGGAUUGGCCCGGACUCCCUACAACCCCAGGGUGCUUUGCGGUGCCCGAUCCUUUCCGCUCGGCCGUUCUCCUGUACAGGAGGCAGCCAUGGCGCCCAGCCGGAAUGGCAUGAUCCUGAAGCCCCACUUCCACAAGGACUGGCAGCAGCGAGUGGACACGUGGUUCAACCAGCCGGCCCGCAAGAUCCGCAGACGCAAGGCCCGGCAGGCGAAAGCGCGCCGCAUCGCCCCUCGCCCCGCGUCCGGUCCCAUCAGGCCCAUCGUGAGGUGCCCUACAGUUAGAUACCACACCAAGGUCCGGGCUGGCAGGGGCUUCAGCCUGGAGGAGCUCAGGGUGGCUGGUAUCCACAAGAAAAUGGCACGCACCAUCGGCAUCUCCGUGGACCCAAGGAGGCGAAACAAAUCCACGGAGUCACUGCAGGCCAACGUGCAGCGCCUGAAGGAGUACCGCUCCAAGCUCAUACUUUUCCCCAGGAAGCCUUCUGCUCCGAAGAAGGGAGACAGUUCUGCUGAAGAACUUAAAUUGGCCACGCAGCUAACAGGACCUGUGAUGCCCAUCCGGAAUGUGAGUGGACACUGCUUACGUAGUCUCUGUGUGAUUGGCAGGUGUAAAGUGUAUGUUGCAGACACUGGAGAGCUCUUACCUUGGGAGCAACCUUCCAAUCCUUGUCUUGUUUGUUCUGCUUUGAGAGAAAGUGUUUCUUUAUAUCAUCUAGCUGGCCUUGAGCUCAGACAUCCUGUCUGCCUCCCAUGUGCGGGGUUAAAGGCAUUCGCCACCACCAUGGGCUAACCCCAACAUUUUAAAGGAUGGGCUGCUGUCCCUAAAGCAUUAACUUAGCACUCCCUACUUGGGUGCUUGGGAAUUGUGCUCUCUGUGGCUGCGAUGAAACGCAAGUUUUUCCUUGCACUUGGGCCUUAGAGAAAGUCAGGCCAGGAACGUGAGGCCCCAGGGAGAAGUUGCUGCUGCUGCGGCCAGAACCACCAGCUGGGGGUGGCCCUGUGCUGGGUGGGGUGCAUUCUCCCACGUAAAUGACUUAAAAGAAGGCCCUACAGGUUUAAUCCCUGUACACAGCAGGAUUUCUCUGUAGCCUUUGCUCACUCAGUAGACCAGGCUGGCCCCUAACCCACACCUGCACCUGUUUUGAGUGCUAGGGAUAAAGGCAAGCCCUAUCUUACGAGGCAUUUCCUCAUUGAAGCUCGUUCUUCUGUGUCAUUACUAAAGCCAUGCCAUUUAAUUAUUUUCUCACGUUUCAUACUCAGCCACGGCUGAUCCAGAGUGGCUUCAACUCGGGAUCCUCCCAUCUCAACCCUGGAGAUAGAAGUGUAACUUACUUUUAAUCCUAGAGGGCGGUUCUGCGUGUGCCCAAGGGCUGGGGCAGCGUUGGUCUUGUGGACAGGUUGUGUGGGUGGUCUUGACUUGUGUUCUCUUUCCAGGUGUACAAAAAGGAGAAGGCCAGAGCCAUCACGGAAGAGGAGAAGAACUUUAAGGCUUUCGCCAGCCUUCGCAUGGCCCGAGCCAAUGCCCGGCUCUUCGGCAUCCGAGCAAAGAGGGCGAAAGAAGCCGCAGAGCAAGACGUUGAGAAGAAGAAAUAAUGCGCGGCUGGAGAGUUGUAAUAAAUUUUCCAUAAAGCAAAAAA